GUGUUUUUGAUCCAGAGCCAUGUGGAUGUGUGUUUUGUUUCUAACUGAGGUUUAGAAUGAGAUUACAUCCGAAGCAAGCUUCAUCUAGCGCUGUUAUGUGGGAACUUUAAGAUGAAUAAAUCUGGGAGAAGAGCGAGGAAAAAAAGGCGGAAAACACACGAGUCACAUGUCUCCAAAGUUACUCUGACUCACGAAGCACAGUUUGUUCUUUUGAGGAGAUGGCUGAAAGAAAGAGGAUUCACCUCACAGUCUCUCAUCCCUGUCAACUUUCACGACACUGGAAGAGGGCUUAUGACAACUCAGACUAUCAAGGCCAAAGACAUGGUGAUUUCCUUACCUGAGAAAUGCUUACUGACAUCCAGCACAGUUCUGAAGAGUUACAUGGGUGACUAUAUAAAAAGAUGGCAUCCUCCCAUAUCUCCUCUUCUGGCUCUGUGUUGUUUCCUCAUCGCUGAGAGACAUCGUGGAGAUGCAUCAGAGUGGAGUCCCUACAUUAAUAUCCUCCCGAAGACCUACACGUGCCCUGUGUACUUGUCUGAUGACAUCAUUGGCCUUUUGCCUAGGACUCUCCAGAAAAAAGCUACAGAGCAGAAAGAACAGUGUCGGGAACUCUGCUCCUCUUCCCUGAUGUUUUUUAACUCCCUCCAGCCACUCUUCAACCAGCCCACAGAGGAGUUGUUUACCCAGGAUGCAAUGCGGUGGGCUUGGUGUAGCGUUAACACGCGUACGGUGUACAUGGAGCAUGAUCGGAGCAACUAUCUCUCCAGGGAGAAAGAUGUCUAUGCACUUGCACCAUACCUUGACCUGCUGAACCACUGUCCUAAUGUCCAAGUUGAAGCUGGCUUUAACAAAGACACUUGCUGCUACGAGGUUAGAAGUGUCCAAGGCUGUAAGAAGUUCCAGCAAGCAUUCAUCAAUUACGGUCCUCAUGAUAAUCACAGACUGCUUCUGGAAUAUGGCUUUGUUGCUCCUGGAAACCCCCACAGCGUAGUAUAUGUUGAUUUAGGAACUCUAAAGUUGUGUCUAAAUGAAAGAGACAAACAGCUGACACAAAAACUGCUCUACCUGAAGGACAAUGCUUUUUUAAGAAACUUGACAUUUGGGAUGGAUGGCCCUUCCUGGCGACUGAUGACUGCACUGAGACUGCUGUCCUUGACACCUGAGCAAUAUAGUAGUUGGAAGAGUGUCCUCUUGGGGGCAGCAGUGAGCCGGGAUAGGGAAGAGUGGUGCAUUCAGUCUGCCCUAAAGCUUUGCAAUAACCUCACCGAUGGCAAUGUCAAAGCACUAGAAAGGCUAUCGCAGCUCAAACAGGGUGCAAACCUGUCUCGCAUUGAACAACUGUGUGUGGUGGAGAGCCUGAGACUAGAGGAGCAAAGGAUUCUGGAACACACACAAGUGGUUCUUCAAAACCUCCUGAGACAAUAGUCACUGUGGUAACAGUAGGGCAUUCCUCAUGCUGUCACUGCCAAGAUUUUAAACGCAAGCCAAGACUGAGUACAGAACCAACAGAUCUGGUUAACCAUUGUACCAAUCACCUCCAAUGCUACGGGAAAUAUGGAGUCCAAAAGAUAAGUUCACUCAAAAACUAGACGCUCAAACCUGUAUGUCUUCAUUUUUUUCUGAGGAACUCGAAAGGAAACGUUUUUAAGAAUGUUCAUGCCGCUCUUUUCCACCAUUGUAAUCAUCUUAAUCUUCACUGCAUGGAAAUGAUCUGCGUGAACAUUUUAGUAACAUCUAGGGAGUACAACUUUUUAGGGGAACUUUUUCCCGUGCGUCAAUUUUGAUAAUAAUGGUGGACAGGAAGACAAGGGGACGUUUAGGACAAUGAGAUCUUAACAAAUACCAAUCUUCUAUUGAAAGCAAAUGAGCUGCAUGCUGAGUUUUUGAUAGAAGACCACUGAUAAUCAAAUGCAUACCUCUGAACAAUGAUGCCGGAAUCUAGGUCAGUGUUAUCUGUCCUUUUCCACACAAAGCUGCCCAUAUUAAUGGGCAAGAGAAAUGGGAUCAGAUGGUGGCGUUAAUAAUCCAUUGGGAAUGCUUGAGAAGGGGAGAUUCGCAUCUAGGCCAAAGUUCCUAGCCAAAAUAUUUCACGAAAUACCAAUUUCAAAUGUUUUUUUUAUAUAUAUUUUGCUUUGUGAUCUAUUGUUUUGUAAAAAAAAGAGGAGCUUGAUUUCCAUUUAAUGAAUUUUAAUGUCUUUAUAAUUAAAAGUGCAACUGACAACAUGAGAUUAAUAACAAUGACUACAAUUUACAGAAUUAUGGAAAAACAAAUCAAAGCUUUACAACUAUUCUCUUCCUUGUUUGCUUUCUCUGCACCAUCUCCAUGGAGACCGUGGCUUCAUAUAAAGGCACAGGUUGCUCCAACAGCGGCCUGCGCAGAGACAACAGUCAAAUUCAACACCGUUCACAAUGACGAAGAUGAUUUCACACUUUACCUCUGCAUUACAGACACAGUCCACAUACAUUUAGUUUUAAGUUCAUAAUUUCUCCUUCUGUACAGACUCUCAUUCACACACUUGUUUAUUCCUCAUUCUCACCUGAAAGUGCCUGUGCUUAGUUUAUCCAUCACAUCUUUCAAGAUAUCUGAGAGAGCAGACUAAAGGCGAAUAACCCAGUUACAGACCGGAAACCAUGUGCCUUGUAUGUUGUUGAAAAGAUCGUUCCAGUAGCCUGAGGACACUGGGAGAAAACCCUUAGGUCUCAAAUAUAUCAAAUUGGCAUGGACAAGCCAUAUGGACACUGAGGAACCCAAUGACCUCAUUGCAACAUAUAGCGAUUUAAAAAAAAAAAUUCUGAAACAAUCUAGUCAGAUCUCUUGUCUUCAUUCCACUUGAGAGUAAAAUAUUAGUGGUUUGUCAAAAGAAUAAAGAUUGCCUAUUAAGAGUCUA